AUGACGGGUGAGCACGACGACGAAAACAGACCGCUCAUGGCCAUGCACGACGACGACGCCGAGGAGCGCGGGCGCGGGCGCCCCGACGACAAUAAUGACACCAGCAAGAACAAGACUCUGACAGCCACCACCGCCACGCCCGAGGACACCUCUUCCAGCGUCGCCUCCGCCCUCUACCCUUCCCACGACGACGACAACACGCCCACCCCUCGCUUCCUCCAGGACCAACAGCAGCAGCAGCAGCAUCAAACCACCCGCGAUGCCCCCUCCCCCUCCCAGCGCAAGUGGCCCGCCUGGGUGCCCUAUCCCCUCGAACGCACCGGCCGAGCCAUUGCACGCUGGACGCGCGGGCCGCCCAACGCCCGUCCCUACCGCAUCCGGCCUCUACUGCCGUCUGUGCAGGAAUUCCCGCUGCGCGCGCUCAACCGGCUGCUCCCCGGGCGCCGGCGCCGGCAGUGGCUGCUCUUCGUCUACCUCGCCGUCUGGGUCGUUGCAUUUGCGCUCAUUAAGUGGCGCGAGACUGUCUCCGGGGAGAUUGCCGGCGGCUGGGGCCGGCCCCAGGCCAUUGGCUGCGGCGCGGCAUACUUCUCGCGCGGCAACACGUGCGGCGUCGACGGCGCCGACUGCCGCCCCUUCAACGGCACUGCCCUGCCGUUCCGCUGCCCCGGCAACUGCGCCAGCUACCGCGUGCUCAAUCCCCGCGCCGUCGGCGACCAGGAGGUCGUCUACCGCCCGCUGAUCGUCGGCGGGCCGACGACGGACCUCGACGAUCCCGUUGCGUCGGCCACGUACCGCGGCGACUCGUACAUUUGCGGCGCCGCCGUGCAUGCCGGCGUCGUCUCCAACACGGACGGCGGCUGCGGCGUCGUCCGCCUCGUCGGCCACCGCCAGGACUUUGUCGCGUCGGAGCGCAACGGCAUCGCCAGCGUCGGCUUCCCCUCGUACUUUCCGCAGGCGUUCCAGUUUGUCCCCGUCGAGUGCCGCGCGACCGACGCGCGCUUCUCCCUGCUUGCGCUGUCCGUCGUCUUCUCCGCUGUGCUGGGGCUGUGCACGGCCUCGCCGGCCGCGUUUUACUUUCCCACCUUUGUCGGCGCCUUUUGGACGGUCGGCAUGGCGACCGACGCGCCGUCGCACACGACCGUCGCCGCGCUCUUCUCCACCAUCCUCGGCCGGUUUGUGCCCGCCAUGUUUGCCGGCUGGGUCGUGUACGACAAGAUGGGCGUGCGCCGCACGCUCGGCGGCCUGACGGCGCAGGUGGAAAAGAUUGUCCUCUGGCUCGGCGCCUGCUGGGUCGGCGCGCUCGACAACUACACGCUCGACUUCAUCCCCAUCCAGCGGCUCAGCGGGCACGACCUCGCGCAGCAGCCGGGCGCGCGCGCGGCGCUCGCCGUCAUCGUCAUUGCGCUCUUUGUCAUUGUCGUCUUGCAGGCGUGGUGCUUCCGCCAGGAGGCGCGCUUCACCCGGUACAUCAAGCUGUACGCGCUCUUCGUCGCCGGCAUCGUGCUCUCCCUCCUCCUGCCGGGGCUGAACCUGCGCAUCCACCACUACGUGCUCGCGCUGCUGCUGCUGCCCGGCACGAGCAUGCAGACGCGGCCCUCGCUGCUCUACCAGGGCCUCCUCGUCGGGCUCUUCAUCAACGGCAUCGCCCGCUGGGGCUGGGGCUCCUUUCUCGAGACCGACGCCGCGCUCCAGGGCGACGCCCAGCUCGGCUCGCUGCUCCCCAGCGUCCGCGCUCCGGCCAUUGACUGGGCUAACGCCACCGCUGGCGCCCAGUCCACCAUCACCUUUCGGUGGGAGCUCCCGCCCCUCGAGACGUACGACGGCAUCAGCGUCCUCGUCAACGACGUCGAGCGCUACCGCGCCUACUUUGACGACACGGACACCCCGGCGCGCGAGUAUACCUGGACGCGCAACUCGAGUCUCGGCUUGCCAGAGUACUUUCGCUUCGGCUUCAUGGUGGAUAACACUGCCGGCGACUACACAAAGGCCGGCGUCUGGAGCAAAGACGGCGUCUGGACUGAAAUGGCCGCAGGGCCGUCCAGAUGA